AUGAAGAUUUCUCCUCUUUUUCUCGCAUUUCUCGCCGUUUCAGAGGGCAAAAAAGGGAAGCACAAGAAAAAGAAGCAUUCAACAGAGCAAGUUCAUUUCGAAGCAAGGGAACCGUACGAGUGCGUCUGGGAUGAACAAACUUGGAAUGUAGAGGCAUGUAAGAUUGAGGAAGACGAUCAUCAUGGCCACCAGAGAAACGAAGGGCAUGGAGGAGAGGAGCAUCAUGACUUGUGUCCCUCUCAGUUGAUCAAGCUCAAUCGACACCCAAAAUGCAGCAAAGACGAGGUUUUGUGGCAUUUUUGUGCGCAUAGCUGCAACUGUGAUACAAGAUUGGAUACUUUUCCCCAUGCGAUGGUUAGGAAAUUCGAGUGUGACAAGUUCAAGGAUAUUUUAGCUCAACCAGGAUAUCCCGAAAACAACGAAAUCCAAAAACCCGAACACAUCGAAUGCGACAAUUAUCCACACGGAAUGUACGUCAACUGCCAUUGCCAACCAGACGACAGCAAGGCAGCCAUGCUUUCUCUCGUAAUCAUGGGCGCUGCUUUCUUGGCCUUCAAGCUCGGCGCUUUCUUCUGGGUCAAAUACACCACCUACAAAAGGAGGAAUAAUGGAGAGAAGGCCGGAGACAACGAGGAAAAAAAGUCGCUGAUCAAUGGACAUUAA